GCGAGUAGUGACAUCGGAAAACGGUGCUCCGGAAGGAUUGAGAAGAUUUGAGCUGCUACAUACAGACAGACUUUGCUGCUUUGAAAUUUCUUGGAAGCUUUCAAGAAAUACCACCCACAUUGGCGCUCGUUUCGGGUUUUGAACCUCAACCCCAGAAGAAUCCUUUCGGUUUCAGAGCUACCACCCUCUAAUCACCAGAAAGGGGUUGCUUAGUGCGCCUCCACACAAGAAGCCGAACAACCAACACAGUUGAACCACCCCGAGAAGAAGACGUUGGUACUGUUGGUGCCUGGUGGUGGCAUUUCCUUCUUGCCUAGAAGUGAGAGAGAUACACAGACCGAAAGCCACCCGAAAGGAAGGCAUACCGGAGAAGAUCCUUUAGUGGUACCAGCAGCAGCAACCCCCCGAACUCAAGAAGACGAGGGCGCAUUCCAUCUUACAUUUUUCCUUCAAGGAUAAUAAUAGACGUCGGUUGGUCCUGGUAGAGCGUUUGUGCUGCUUUGCUCGUCGUCGAGUGCGGAUCGGUUUUCUUAGCCAAACUCUUUGCUUUCAACGCAGUGUGUUUAGGAAUCCAAAGUCCAAAGUGUGUACAAAACCAAUGAUUUUUCCUUUUCUCUUUUCUUUUCUUCUUCGUAUGGAAAUUCAAAAAAUAUCUUGAAUUUUUUAACAAAAAAAAAACGGCAACGAUCGACUGAACGUGCAUUUACCAUCAACGGUUGCCUACGUUCGGAAUUUUCGCUGGUGUUGGGUGGGGUGUUGCGUUCUGUGCAUCUUUGAAUGAAUCGUGAUUUUUUUCUCUGAAUUUUCCAACGUGGGAAUAACGACAACGACAUAAAUAAAACGUGCACACGUGUCAUUGCAUUCUGUGUUUCUCUUUCUCUUGGAAUCGUUCGUCGUGUGAAAUCGUAAAUCGUCUGGAAUUGUAAUACGCGAAUACGCUAUAUCGGUGUCGGCUCGCGAUGGCAGCGAAAAGAAAGGCUACCGCAAUGUUGCACAACAACAAGGAUUCAAUAUCCAUGCCGUUCAACAGUGAAGCGACCGAUAACAAUGGCACAAGUGGAGGAGCUGCCGGUGAAGAUGCUUAUUCAGGACUCAUCAAAGACGCAGACAAGUUCAAACUGAUGCUGCUGGCUUGGAACUACCAGAAUUCGGCGGCAGGUAAAUCUCAAAACGGUUCCGAAGGGCCGGAUCUUGCCACCAUGACGAACCUCUGGCAACAGUAUCAGAAUGCUCUCGCCAUGAACGCCAAGACCUCCUUCAAUCAACUACCGAUCCCCGAACGUCAACAGCCAUCCCCGAUUGAACAGCAGGACGAAACAAACUCAUCGGAGCAGAAAGACGAAGAUGACCUAUCGGAAGAUGACUCUGAGGAUCGCAUUGAAGCUACCGUAAAUGAUCCGGAACGGCUGAAAGCGUUCAACAUGUUUGUCCGGUUGUUUGUGGAUGAAAACUUAGAUCGCAUCAUACCAAUCUCGAAGCAACCAAAAGAAAAAAUCCAAGCCAUCAUAGAUUCCUGCACGCGUCAGUUCCCGGAGUUUGCAGAGCGGGCUCGCAAGCGUAUACGAACUUAUCUGAAAUCCUGCCGGAGAAAUAAGAAAACCCGUGAGGGAUGGGAGAACACUGUAAGUGAGUCUCGUCCUACGCCGGCUCACCUGACCUCCGUGCAAGCCGAGCAGAUUCUGGCCCUGGCUUGUGAAAACGAAAGUCUCAAUGCGAAACGGAUGCGGAUAGGUCUGGAACCCAUUAGUCAAGUCAAUCAAGCAACGGCGGUAAGUUUUAUGACAUCUGAGCCACCGAACGUUCCGAGUCUGUAUCAGAGUAUGAAAUGUGAAACGGAAACAGUACCUGCAGUCAAAACUGAACCCAUGACCAGUGUUCCUAAGAUGUCUCCUAUUCAGAAUACCAGCCCAGAUAUGAACCAAAUGAAACUGAACAUCCCAAGUGCCAGUGCCAGCUCCACACCCACCAUUCCAACUACUGUGCCAACAAUAUCCAACUUCCACGAUUAUAACACUGGUUUCACAAAUCGAUCACAGCACUACCAGAACUUCAUGAACUCGGCCAACAAUUCCACCAGCACGAGUACAACCAUGUCUGCUACCGGUACUGCACCCACCGACCUGUCGAUGAAGCGGCCUAUCCUGACACACAAGCUUAACAGUGCCGAAAUUACCGCCGUCAAGCAGCUGGUGACCGGCUAUCGAGAAAGUGCGGCAUUCCUGAUGCGAAGUGCUGACGAGUUGGAAAAUCUCCUACUACAACAGCAGUAGACCCGUGUACACUUUGUAGCGGUUGAAGUUAUUUAUUUAUUUUUUAUGUAAUGGAAUGAUGAAAGCCAAAACUAAACACAAACUGAACGUUACUUUUAUAAAAUACCAAAAACUACCUGUGCGGUAACACUUUAGAUGAUACAAAAACUAACAACAAAGAAACGAAAUCAGUGUCGUAGUUAUUUUUAAGUUCUGUAAAAAGUGUUAAAUAAAAACGUUAGAAAUUAAAAUUUUCGAAAACUUGCGAAAAAACAUACAAAACACAGGGUGAUAUAGAACUACAAAGAAAUUAUAUUUAUUUUUGUGCCGAUUUGAUGAGAAUAGGAAUACUAUUAGGAGGAGGCACACGAAGACAAUGGAUUCAAAAGGAUUGCGCUGAAAUCUUUUGAAUCAGAUGCUACUGCGAGUGCUACUGUUGAUAAAACAUACUACUAUGUACAGUAAUUGCAAUUUGCCAAUUUACCAGAACUUACCAAUUGUAACAAUUAGAAAUGCAACCAACCAGAAUUAUCUUUAAAUAUUGAGUAAUUUUCAGGAGCCCUUCAAUAAAACUACCACAUUGGUUACCUUA